AUCUGAUCGCUUCAACUUGAGGUGCAGAAAGAGCAGAGAAACUCCUCGGGAUUCUCCGUGCAUCGAGCGCUGAUCGAGAUUUUCUGUUUGAUGUGUUGAAGUGCUUCUUAAGGAGAAUUCUGGGGAGAUUUCUUGUUCUUUCAUUCCUCGAGGAUGAAGCACCACAACAGACCUGAGUAUUGAAACAGCUCCAACUUCCAAACUUCAUAUUUAAGGAUGAACCAUGAACAAAGGUUGUGACAGCUUAUUUCUAUCAUCCUGCAGUACAGUGAGGCAGUGAACUCACGGUGGAUACAGCAUGCAUGUGUCGACAUAUCCCACGAUGCACUCUGCCAGUCCAGGCCUGCUUCUCCUCAGCUUCCUCUUCCUCGCCGACGCCGACUCACCGCCCAGAUUCACACGAACCCCCGAGGACCAGACAGGAGUUCAGGGGGGGGUGGCGUCCUUCGUGUGCCAGGCCACAGGUGACCCGCAGCCCAAGAUCGUCUGGAACAAGAAAGGCAAAAAAGUCAGCAACCAGAGAUUCGAGGUAAUAGAGUUUGACGACGGAUCCGGCUCGGUCCUCAGGAUCCAGCCGCUGAGGACCCCCAGGGACGAGGCAGUUUACGAAUGUCACGCCUCCAACUCGGCAGGGGAGCUCACCGCCUCCACCAGGCUCAGCGUGUUACGAGAGGACCAGCUGCCCCCAGGGUUCCCCACCAUUGACAUGGGCCCCCAGCUGAAGGUGGUGGAGCGCUCUCGGACCGCCACCAUGCUCUGCGCCGCCAGCGGCAACCCCGACCCAGAAAUCACCUGGUUCAAAGAUUUCCUGCCGGUCAACACGUCCAGUAAUAACGGACGGAUCAAGCAGCUCCGCUCAGGUGGCACGCCCAUACGAGGUGCCCUUCAGAUAGAGAUGAGCGAGGAGUCAGACCAGGGGAAGUACGAGUGUGUCGCCACCAACAGCGACGGGACGCGCUAUUCCACCCCGGCUAAUCUCUACGUCCGAGUCCGCCGUGUCCCCCCUCGCUUCUCCAUCCCCCCGGCCGACAGCGAGAUAAUGCCGGGGGGCAACGUCAACAUCACCUGCGUGGCGGUGGGCUCGCCCAUGCCGUACGUGAAAUGGAUGCUGGGAGCGGAGGACCUGACCCCCGAGGACGACAUGCCCAUCGGCCGCAACGUCCUGGAGCUGACCGACGUGCGCCAGUCCAACAACUACACCUGCGUUGCCAUGUCGACGCUUGGCGUGAUUGAGGCGGUGGCACAGAUUAUUGUGAAAGCUCUGCCGAAGGCUCCCGGCAUCCCCGUGGUGACGGAGAGAACGGCGACGAGCAUCACCCUCACCUGGGACUCUGGGAACCCUGAACCCGUCUCCUAUUACAUCAUACAGCAUCGUGCCAAGGGCUCGGAGGACCCCUAUAAGGAGAUUGAUGGCAUUGCCACGACGCGCUACAGCGUGGGCGGCCUCAGCCCGUACUCCCACUACGACUUUCGGGUGGCAGCUGUCAACACCAUCGGCCAGGGCCCCUCCAGCGAGGCGGUGGAGGCUCGCACGGCCGAGCAGGCCCCCUCGUCGCCCCCCCGACAGGUCAUCGGGCGGAUGCUGAGUGCCACCACAGCGAUGAUACACUGGGAUGAACCCGAGGAACCUAACGGUCAGGUUGUUGGUUAUAGAGUCUACUACACCUCAGAUAGCACGCUGCCAGUCAACCAGUGGGAGAAGCAGAUGGUGCGCGGCACCAGCUUUAUCACCAUUCAGGAUUUGACACCCAACAAGACCUACUAUAUCAGAGUGCUGGCGUUCACCUCCGUGGGAGAUGGACCUUUGUCCCAGGACCUGCAGAUCAUAGCCAAGACUGGAGUUCCAUCCCAACCUUCAGAGUUUAAGGGUGAAGCCAAGUCUGAGACCAGUAUCGUGCUGACCUGGGUGGCACCAUCGACCCAAGGUGGCCCAGACAGCCAGAUCGCUGGGUACGAACUGGUUUACCGAAGGGUUAACGACACAGAAGAGAGGAAAGUCAGCUUUGAGCCGACCACCUCGUACCUUCUGAAGAACCUGAAGCCCUUCUCCAACUACGUCUUCCAACUGGCCGCCAAGAGCAAAAAUGGAAUUGGGGCAUAUACUAAUGAAGUGUCGAUUGACACUCCACAGACACUCCCCUCAGCACCUCCCCAGGACAUCACGUGCACCAGUCCCAGUUCCACCAGCAUCCUGGUAAGUUGGGCCCCACCUCUCCUGGAGUUUCACAAUGGCGUCAUAAGCGGAUACGCCAUCCAGUACUCCACAACAGAGGGCAACAAAACAUCCAAACGAAUCGAUGGAAUUCCACCGGGAAGUUCUCCGUAUCUCCUGGAAAACCUUGAGAAAUGGACUGAGUAUGGCAUAACGGUGCGGGCUUGCACGGAGGCUGGGGACGGACCGGAAAGUUUACAGCUGCUUAUCCGCACAGAGGAAGAUGUUCCAAGUGGUCCUCCGCGAGCUGUCGAGGCGGAGACUGUGAACGCCUCGGCCGUUAGGGUGACGUGGCGAGCGCCGGCUCCCGACCGGCAGCAUGGUCAGGUCCGGGGAUACCAAGUCCACUAUGUGAGGAUGAACUACGGGGAACCGCAGGGUCAGCCCUUCAUCAAGGACAUCCUCAUUGACGACUCACAGUGGGAAUUUGGUGACUCGGUGGAAUAUGAGGUGUUGCUCGGAGAGCUGAAGGCGGACACCGCCUACUCCGUGUCGGUGGGUGCUUACACCGCUAAAGGGGACGGGGCUCGCAGCAAAUCCGUAACUGUGUGCACCGCCCUUCCUCUUCCUGAAAAACCCAAGCUGCUGGUCAGUGUAACUGAGUCAGGGACUGCCCUCGUCCAGUGGUUUCCCCCUGCGAACCUACCGACCCCUCUCCUGGGGUACCGGCUCACUUUCGGCCGCGUUGACGUGGUUCCCUUCACCGUCGUGGCGUUCUCCCCGAAGGAAAACCGCUUCACAGCCCAGGACAUCCACCAAGGAGCCAGCUACGUGUUCAGUCUCUGCGCCCAGAACAAGAUGGGCUUCGGCGAAGAGGCCGUGAAAGAGGUGGCGACGCCCGAAGACGCCCCGAGCGGAUACCCGGAGAGCAUCCUCUCGGAGGGGGCCGCCGCCACGUCCCUGCAGCUGGCCUGGAAAUCAGUGCCGCUCAUUGAGCAGAACGGGAAAAUUGUGAAGUACUCGGUGCUGUACAAGGAUAUAAACAGUCGGGGAAAUGCCUCGGAGGCGGGGGUUCCUGCCCCGGGGGCCAGCGUCUUGCUGGAGGGUCUGAGCCCCGAUACGGUUUAUGAUGUCAGGGUGCGCGCGUUCACAGCGGUCGGUCCCGGGCCGUACAGCCCCGGUGUCCAGUUUAGGACGCAGCGGCUGGACCAAGUUUUUGCCACCAACUUCAGAGUUAAGGCAGCCAUGAAGAACUCUGUCCUGCUCUCCUGGGAGGUCCGGGACAAGAACCCCACCCAGCCGUUCACUAUCCUGUAUGGAAAAGGCCAGUCGGUAGAAGUGGAUGGCAGACAGACCCAGAAGCUAAUCACGGGUUUGGCUCCGGACACCCAGUACUCCUUCCUGCUCACCAACCGGGCCAACAGCGCCGGUGGCCUGCAGCACCGCGUCACGGCCACAACGGCUCCAGACAUCCUGAAAACCAAGCCCGCUGUUGUUGGAAAGACCAACGCGGAUGGCAUGGUGACAGUGCAGCUGCCGGCGGCCCAGACCACAGCCAAAGUCAGGGGUUACUAUGUGGUGGUGGUGCCGCUGAAGAGGCAGAGAGGGGGCAAGUUCCUGAAUCCCUGGGAGGAGCCGGAUCAGAUGAACCUGGAUGAGCUCCUCAAAGAGAUCAACAGGACCAGCAUCAGCCGCGCCCUCCGUAUCCGCCGACAGGCCGGCCAGUCGGACCCCAGGGCCUACGUCACGGCUCACUUCAAGACCCUCCCACAGGAGUUCACGCUAGGUGACGGCCAAAACUACGGGGAUUUCCGCAACCGUCCCCUGCAGAAUGGACAAGAGUACGUGUUCUUCGUGCUGGCGCUGCUGGACCUCUCUGAAAAUACCAUGUACGCAACUAGCCCUUACUCUGAGCCGGUGACGUCGUCGGAUGUGGAUCCUCAGCCAAUCGUGGACGAGGAGGAGGGGCUUCUGUGGGUGGUGGGGCCCGUUCUGGCCGUGAUCUUCAUUGUCUGCAUCGUCAUUGCUAUUCUUCUCUUCAAGAGCAAACCUGACAGGAAACGGGCCGAGGCCGAGGGAAGGAAGGGCAGUUUUCCUUGCAGUAAAGCCAUGUCCUCCCACCAUCCCACUGAUCCCGUGGAGCUGCGCAGAAUCAACUUCCAGACUCCAGGCAUGGCGAGUCACCCACCCGUCCCCAUCUCCGAGCUGGCAGAUCACGCUGAGCGCCUCAAGGCAAACGACAAUCUCAAGUUCUCUCAAGAGUACGAGUCCAUCGACCCUGGUCAACAGUUCACGUGGGAGAAUUCCAACCUGGAGGUCAACAAACCAAAGAACCGCUAUGCCAACGUCAUCGCCUACGAUCACUCGAGAGUUAUACUCUCCAGCAUCGAGGGCGUCCCCGGCAGCGACUACAUCAACGCCAACUACAUCGACGGCUACCGGCGUCAGAACGCCUACAUCGCCACCCAGGGCUCCCUCCCCGAGACCUUCGGGGACUUCUGGAGGAUGGUGUGGGAGCAGCACACGGCCAACAUCGUCAUGAUGACCAAGCUGGAGGAGAAGUCACGGAUGCCCUCUUAUUUCUUCUCUAAGGUGAAGUGCGAUCAGUACUGGCCGACGCGCGGCACCGAGACCUACGGCCUCAUCCAGGUCACGCUGCUGGACACGGUGGAGCUGGCCACCUACUCCGUCAGGACCUUCGCUCUUUACAAGAGCGGCUCCAGUGAGAAGCGCGAGGUCCGUCACUUCCAGUUCACAGCCUGGCCCGACCACGGGGUGCCCGAGCACCCCACGCCCUUCCUGGCCUUCCUCCGCCGGAUCAAGGCCUGCAACCCUCCGGAUGCAGGACCCAUGAUUGUCCACUGCAGUGCCGGAGUGGGCCGCACCGGCUGCUUCAUCGUGAUCGACGCCAUGACGGAGCGCAUCAAGCACGAGAAGACCAUCGACAUCUACGGCCACGUGACGCUGAUGCGCUCGCAGAGGAACUACAUGGUGCAGACGGAGGACCAGUACAUCUUCAUCCACGACGCCGUGCUGGAGGCCGUCACCUGCGGGAACACCGAGGUUCCCGCCAGGAACCUGUACUCGUACAUCCAGAGGCUGACGCAGAUCGAGCCGGGAGAGAAUGUCACCGGCAUGGAGCUGGAGUUCAAGCGUCUGGCCAGCGCCAAGGCUCACACGUCGCGAUUCGUGAGCGCCAAUCUGCCGUGCAACAAGUUCAAGAACCGGCUGGUGAACAUCAUGCCGUACGAGAGCACGCGCGUCUGCCUGCAGCCCAUCCGGGGAGUGGAGGGCUCCGACUACAUCAACGCCAGCUUCAUCGACGGAUACAGGCAACAGAGGGCCUACAUCGCAACCCAGGGCCCGCUGGCGGAGACCACGGAGGACUACUGGAGGAUGCUGUGGGAACACAACUCCACCAUAGUCGUCAUGUUAACCAAACUGAGAGAAAUGGGCCGGGAGAAGUGCCACCAGUACUGGCCCGCGGAGCGCUCAGCCCGGUACCAGUACUUUGUGGUGGAUCCCAUGGCUGAGUACAACAUGCCCCAGUACAUCCUCCGAGAGUUCAAAGUGACCGACGCCAGGGAUGGCCAGUCCCGGACGGUUCGGCAGUUCCAGUUCACCGAUUGGCCAGAGCAAGGAGUGCCAAAGUCAGGGGAGGGAUUUAUUGAUUUUAUUGGCCAGGUGCACAAAACGAAAGAGCAGUUCGGCCAGGAUGGACCAAUCACAGUGCACUGCAGCGCUGGCGUGGGGAGGACCGGCGUGUUCAUCACGCUCAGUAUCGUGCUGGAAAGGAUGAGGUACGAGGGAGUGGUGGACAUCUUCCAGACAGUCAAGAUGCUUCGGACUCAGAGACCCGCCACCGUCCAGACAGAGGAUCAGUACCAGUUCUGCUACAGGGCUAGUCUGGAGUACCUGGGAAGCUUCGAUCACUAUGCAACAUAAACCCAGUCGUCGUUCGUGCCACAUUCAACCUAGUGCACCUUUUUUUGUAGUGUCACACGCAACCGGAAUACGUGCACUAGGCUGCGAUGUGCGCGUGAAGAUUUUUUUGCCACCACACGCAGAGUUAAAGAGGGACCAUCGGCUUAUCCCGUAAAACCCAGAAGCAGCACCUCUAACUGAGCCAUAGCAACCUGCUUGACGAGGGCGUCUCCUUCCACCCUCCGCCAGAACAAACGCACCCGUGGGUCGGUCCGAAGAAGCAACUUCAACCACUGUUCCAAUCAGAAUACUUGAUCGAGUAUAGAUUCGUCUGUUUCCGUUUCAGUGCUUUCUUUGUGAGCACCCAGAUUGCUUUCGUGUCGUUUGGGUGUGGAACUCUCACCUCGUCCAUCACCAGUGUAGCAUCACCAAACUAAAUACAGGACCAAGCUACGGCAUCUUUCUGUCACGGGAAUUUUUUAUUUUUUAUUUUUUUUCUUUCUUUCCUAUCACGAGAACCGUUGAGAAGGAAGUCUACAAAUCCAUCUUACGGACGCCUCGUCGACUGAAGGAGCUUGAGACUUUUAAGCACCGGAGAAGUAACAAUAGGAGACUGAAACCACAGAGCACACAUUACGAACACACGUUGGGGGGAAAGAAAAACCACCAAAAAGUGUUUUUUUUUUUCUGGUUUAUUGUGGAAACAGACUUUCGUUUCUUGUGAAUGAUAAAGGGGAGAUUUCUACCAUACAGUAAUAAGCACCACCAGUUCAACCUUACGCUUCACGAUUUAAAAUAAAGCAAGUAUAGAGGUUCAAAAUGCAUACCGCAAAACGUUUAUUUAGUUUUUUAGAAAGAUACAUGACUAUUUUCUUUUUACGGGUUUAUGAUUUUUACCCCCCCCCACCCUCCCCCACUGAAUAUACAAAAGCAAAAGUUGUAUUUCUGUUUUCUGUGUAACCCCAAUGAACUGUAGCCAUUUUUUUAUGUGGUUUAAAAUGUACAAUCAAAUCUAGCGUGGAAGAUUUUCACAAAAAACAACAAAAAAAAAAAUGCCACUGUUGAGUGUCCUACACCCACUCACUUUCUAAAAAACACUCGCACGGGGGGGGCCCGCCCCCCCGCCUCGACGCUAUAACCUUGCCUGCGGCGUCAGCGGCCUGAAGAGGGCGCCCUUCAGAGUCCGACGUUCACACCCGCUGCUACCAGGAAGUCCCGCCAAGUUGUCCGGUGUUACGGGAGCACAAGUGUGGAGAGUGUUGAUGAUUAAAAAAUAAAAAAAGUUUCUCAAAGAUUUCUCAAUCGGAGAGCGAGAAAGGGACGUAGAGACGGGGCGGGAUACGGGGGAGGGGUGACGGGACAAAUUUCUCACCGGAAUGCUCACCGUAGACUUUUCUCUCUGUCUGAUUCAGUGUGCAAUAAGUAGAUGUAUUAUAUAUUUUUGUGUCAAGUCACUAACUGCAGUUAUAUGCCAUAAUGAUGAUGAUGAUUGAUGAUGAUGAUGACGAUGAUGAUAUUGGUGAUGGUGCAUCAUUUUUUUCAGACACCAGGAUGUUACACUUGGUCACCGCCACGUUUUACUGUGUCCAAACAGAGGACUUAAGAUCUCUAAACAUGUCACAGCUCCAGUAGAUGAUGUCAUCCUUCUGUGCGUCACAGCAAGCGAGCGAAACUCAUAUUUCAAACAGCAUCUCUUAAGUAUUUUGAUUUUAGAUUUCUAGUGCCUUAUAUUACACGCCUAUUUUGAUAAAGUUACUUUAAAGGCUUUUCGUGUAUUUUAUGUACGUAUGCUUGUACAUAUGUGAUCUGAAUGUCUGUGUAUAGGAUCUUCUUUUUUGUUAGGUUAAGUGAAAUUAUAUUUGUGUGUUCUGUUUUUGGCUGUGAUAUUGUGAACGGGAAGCUCUGCGUAGGCUGGAUGGCCGUGCUCAUUACUUCAGACCCAGCAACUGCAUGUCACACCUUUUGUUGAUUAAGGAGUAACAUUUCCGAUCUGCUUCAGAGCGUGAAAUCAGCAGGAUAAAAGCCACUUUCACGCAGCGACUGCGGCGUGAAGGCGUACUCGAGGUCCCCUGUUGGUUCUGCCUCCGCUCUCCAGCUGUGCAUUCACAAUAAAACCAUGAAGGCGCAUUGAUCCAAUCCCAGUAUCAACUUUUACAAAGCAUUACACAGUCUCGCAAUCCAAGGACGUUCCCUUUCCUCGUCUUUAAGGUCCAUACAGGUCAGCAACAGGUCCCUCGUGUUUUUAGUCCGCACUAUUCAGUAGGUGUUGAAUAAACCAUAAAAAAAAAAAAACCACCAAAUCGAUAAAUAAAUACAUUAAGUUCCUUGGUCCGGGUUGCCCACAGUAGCUACGAUGCAAAAACAGCCCCUCUAGUAGGGCUCAUUUUCUUGAAAUUCCUCUAAUUUAGUGACAAAGUUCAGAAUAGGUGCGUUUCCAAUAGCAGGAGUUCAGGGUAGAUCUGGCCGGACAGUAACCUCUAACGGGGCCAACCGUCUCCUCGGCCUAUUCAGCUGGCAUGUUUCCAUCACACCGUAGCGCCACACAAGAACCUUUGACUGAAAAAUAGCACUGUCGACCAACAGGUGGCAGUAAUGUGCAUAUUUUGCUGUUCGCAAAAGAAUGCAGCAGAAGAAUGAAAAGAAAAAGAAACACGUUAACAAUGGAUGCCACUUUAUUUUUUUUUGUAAACACACCGCGGUCGUAGUGAGAUUAAAAGAAGCCCCCCACCGGACCUCUAUAUUGGUUUAAUAUGGCACAAUACAUGAACCGACUCAUCAGUCCAUCCAUUGUUUUCUUCGUGUAAUCUCCAACUUCAUCAAAUGUACUCGUAGCAAAAUGUUUCUAGUCCAAAUGAUUUGUGGUCACAUAAUUUAAGUUCACGUGAGAGGGCUGAACGUAAUUCCCUGCAUUUAGAAUAACCAAAUGGCAGAGAUCACCCACAUGUAGCCCUUCUUGGCCAAAAAAAACGGUACUCUCCUACUACAGGGUUGUUUUUUGGCCCCCACAAAGGUUCCUAAGGGCCAUGUUACAAGGGGCCUUCCUGGUAAUGGAAACACGCACAAACGUGUUGUCGUUGCGUCGUUAGUGGACUUGUCGCUCGGCCAGUCAGACACCGUCCCCGGGACGGACCGAUUUAAUAAUCUGCAUAGAGCUUGACGCCGUCCUCACGCCGCAGUUGCACCUUUUUUUUCCCCCGCGUUGCCAAUUCAAACACCGGUCAUUUCGCCCCCGUUGGGGCUCUGCUGCUACGAACGGGUUGCUGCACCUUUUCCCUCCAUCGCCUGAUGUUCACAUUGCACAGCGGGCAGAAUAAAGGCUUUACAGGGUCACGACAAACUGGCUGUGUGAAAGGGGCUAAACUGUGUGCCCCUCCCGUGGAGACUUCAGUUUACCUGCUAUGAAAUUAUGGCCCUCACUUAGACGUUGACACCGCCUGGCUAUGCAGAUGUCUAUAAAAGCAGAAUGGCUGUAGAUGUUUUUGUUCGACUGAGCAGCAGUUGGGAGUAUGCUUUGUUAUGCUCCUCAGUCUGAUCAUCUGUUUCCCCCAGUCCGAUGUCUACGUCCGUGUACGUUUUCCGAUAACAACAAAAAGGCUAAAGAGAAGUUUUGGUGCUAACAUCACACAAUAGACGUAAUUUUUCUCAAAAAAAAAAAAGAAAUGGCUCCAUUAACGCUUGACCACACAGAGGAUGGUCGACAGUUUUCCACUAUUACAUUAACCCUGUCGUUGUUUUUGUAUGCAUGGUACCACUUUUGAGAUGCCCCUUUGGUCGCACCGGUUAUGGGAAGACUUGCACUUUUUCUCUUCGUACUAUGCACUAAUACUAGCAUCUUAUUUUCUCUGAUAGCCCGCCCCCAAACCAGGAGUCUUACUUGAACUCUGUAAGGUCGGAUCCCGUUAAUGCUCACGCGGUUGUGUAUAUGUAAAUAACACAAAACACAGAGAGUAAUUGAAAUGCUUAAAUAAAUGGAUAAAUAAGUAAAUUAAAGAUAAAGUUAAGGAGCGAAGAGAAAUUUAUUGGAUUUACAGAGUGAUAUGAUAAAGGGACGCACCUGAAAUCACAGUUUUUUGGCACAGACGUUUGUGCAAUACAUCACAUUGUGGAUUUGUUGUACCACAAGCAAGAAGUUUCACUAAAUCGUGUUCUAUUUUACCCCCAAAUGUAUCAUGUAGAUGGAUAAAACUGGAGUUUAUAAAAUGUAUAAAAAUGAAAAUAUAGUGUGUUCUUGGAUCAGUUACCUCCGAUUGGUCUGUAUAUGUAAACUUUCUUUCGUUCUCUUUUUUUUUUGGUUUGUUUUUCGGCUCUGAGUCAACAAGUGCUUUUUAUUUUCUUACAUUGGUUCUCAGAGCGUGCAAAAACUUAAAAAAAUAAAGAAGGUCUGUAUGGAUUUCUGUUCUUUAUCGACACAAGUUUCAUUUGUUACAAAUAAACUCAAGUGAAAUAAU